AGUGUUGCUCUCCUGCAGAAUCGCUGCUUUUCGUCAACUCUCGAGAAAAACACGGAAGUCUGCUUUUUUUUUUUUUUUUCCUGUGGAAACGCUCGCAGAGGAAGCUGUCACAUGACUGACUGGGAGGACAUGGAUCCGUAUUUCUGACCGGGCUGAGUCUUUUAAAAAGGAUUGAAGUGAAUCCCCGUCACGUUUAAACGAGGCAGCAUCGUGUUUGUGUGGUUUCCAGGCUGGAGGUGUGGUUGUGAGGGAGGGGUCUGUUUGGUGCCAGCCACGCACACAGCCUGGCAGCCAUGGAGGGACCACAGGCUUCAUCCUCUCUGCAGUCCCGGCUGUCAUCCCUGUCCUCCUCCUCCUUCCCCGGGAUCACGUCCCAGCAGUGCGACAGCAGCACGCCGCCCGACAGCCUUCAGAAUACAAAUCUUUCAGAGAGCUUUAUAAGUCAGUCCAAAAACAGCACGGAUAUGGAUGAGAGCGGAUCAGGACAGCUUUGUGAGGGUGAUGAGGAGGCUCCUGCUGAGCUCGCCCUGGGGGAUGGAGGCGAGGAGAACACCGGUGCUGGGAGUGGUCAGCUCUCUGCUGAGAUGAAAGCCCAGAUGCCGCCCUUGCAACCCCCAAAUACUUGGACAUCUGCCGCAGUGAAAGAGCUGAAGGCAAAGCUUAAAACGGAGAAGGACAGCGUGGUGACGGUGUACCGAGGCGACAUCAUGACGGUUCAUGUCCCCACUGUCCCUGAGGCCAAGAAAGUGUGCUGGGAGUUCGCCACAGAUGGUUACGACAUUGGCUUCGGAAUCUAUUUUGACUGGACUCCAGUGACGAGUCGGUCCAUCACAGUUCACAUCAGUGAGUCAAGUGAUGACGAAGAUGAAGAAGAAGAGCUGGAAGGGCCUGUCAGUAAUGGAGACAUAGAGAAGGGCUCCAAAAGUCAAACCAACUCCAACUUGGCUGAGAUCCUGCCGGUGUACCGUCAGGACAGCCAUCUGUCCGUCCAGGGCGGCAGCCAUGAUUUUCCAGGUGAAGGCACUUACCUCCUAAAGUUUGACAACUCCUACUCCCUUUGGCGAAACAAAACGCUCUACUACAGGGUUUAUUACAGUGCCUGAGAUACCCAUUUAUUGCUUAUGAAUGUAUGAUUUCCAAAAGAAUAUUACUCGAGAACAAUGAACUAUUUUUUAAUUUCACACUUGGAGAAAAAAAAAAUACAAAUUUAAAUGAUAUUAAAGAUUAAGUACAUAUCUAUAUCUAUUUUUUAUCACUUUAAGCUUGUGUUGUUACAUGUUGAAUAUGUGUGAGGCUAAACAGCUUUGAAGGCAUCAUCUGCUUCAGUGUCUUUCUGGCAUAUAUUUAGAAGAAAAAAAAACAUGUGGACAUGUGCCAUAGUCCCAAGUAUGUACUGUGUUAUUUGAUUAAAAGCUUGUCAUAAAACGUACAUUGUCUUCAUCUAUAACAUUUUUAUGGUAGCAGAGAAUCAGGGAACAUACUGUAGUGUAUUUCACAGGUCAGCAGUGCUUGAAAAAAACAAAAUCUUUUGGUUGUGUGCGCGCACCUUCCUCUUAUUGUUCUUUUUUUGUAGUAUUUAUCAUACAGCUAUAUAGCAUAACUUAUUUUAAAAAUUUAUUGAAUCAAUCAUGUGAUGAUGCACAAUAUAGACCCAUUUUCGAGUAUCUGUCGUAGCAGCGUGUCGAGUGAAGAUUUAAGUUGAAUGUACUGAAGCAAGUGGUAACAGUUUUCCCCAGUGUGCUUUUUAUGACACAAAUAAAGGCUAUAUCCAUUAUCACAUACUGUAAGGCUCUCAUUAUGUAAUGUUGAUUCAAUAUUUACACUUGCUUUGCCUCUGGUUUAAUUAGCUGUUUUGCAGGUGGAAGCUACUUGGAGCAUUUCACCCAAAUGUAUUUCACGUGCACACGUCUAUAUAUGUGAAAAAUUACUGUUUUUUUUAUUUUUGAAUGUUUGUAUGUGCGUUGGAUCAUCCUCUUUGUAAAAAGUCAACGUUUCACUUUUCACACGUUCGCAUGUUCCCAAAGACGUCCCAGAGUGGGCUGCUAAUGUUGUACGCGUUGUAAAGCAACUGAUUCAAAGCCUCCCACUUUCGCUGCUCUGUACUGUCAUUGUAAGUUACGCCGAUGCCGUCUGUUCCUGAAAUUUAUAUUCCUCAAUAAAGAGAAGAUUGUCUAA